UGGAUGUUGAGCCAUGGCCAAGGAGUUGGUAGAGGAGCUGAUCUAUGCCAAACAGUUGGCCGGAGAAGACUUGUGGAGGCUGAAUGAGGCCAUCUUCAACGUGCCAGAGGAUGAUGUGAUUAAGCACCAGCUGAGCAGCCGACUCUUUCAGCUGGUGACCCGAAUCCGCAAAGAAUACCAGGCAGGUCAUUUCUAUGCGAGAGAUCAAGGAGACUACUUAGCUCUACUGGGCACCUUGCAAAACCAGCCCUUCAGUGCGCGCCAGUCUGCCACCCUGCGACAGUGGAUUGCAGAGGCCUUAGGCGCUGGAAAAGACGACUUUGGCGCACAGGAUCGCCCGGCCCGGGCGGAUCUGAAGAAACUGCAGCGGCUGACGGAGACGAAUCAGGUCCUGGCCGAAGAGCUUCAAAAGCUCAAAAAGCUGGAGAAAGCCGUGCGGAUCUUCGCGUCCUUCCAGAUGCCAUCAGGACUUGCUCGAAGCCGCGAGAAGCUGGAGCCGGCGAAAGCGGUUUCGACAAAAACGCCCGAACAGAGAGCUGUUGAUGCCAUCACGGAAGCCUUGAAAAAAGCCGGCAAGGAGAAAGCAAAAGCUCAGGAAGCACCUGGAUAUCAGGUCCACACUGACAUCGGCUGGCGAAGAUACGAUGAGGAUGCACAGAAUAUGAUACAAAAUGCUUGCACCAAAGGACGAGAGGAAUGCGAGAUCUUUGCCCAAGGCCAGUAUUACAAGAUCAACCUGAAACGUAUGGUGCAGAUCAACCCUGGCACCGGCAACGAGCGUGAGAUCCGGCUGCAUGGCCAAAGGCCAGUGGCACCCGAGAUGCCCAAGCUGAACUUCAAGCGUCUGAUGGUCGAGUUCAAACAGCUGGAGGCGCAAAUUGCGGAUGGCAGCUGUGAGGGUUUCCUUCUGCGCUGCGAGCCGGUGGAGGAUAACUUGAUGGAAUGGGAGGUGGAUAUGUCCUUCCCCAGCGACUCGCCGUUGCAAAAGAGCUUGGACAACCUGGCGGCCAUCAUGUUCGACAGCACCUUGAAGCGCUUGACGCUUUGCGUUCGCUUCACCGUGGAGUUCCCCUUGAGCCCGCCAGAGGUAUGGCUGCGGAGACCGCGCAUGCGCUAUCCUUCAGGGCAGACAGGGCCUGUGACCUUUGGCGGCCGCGUGUGUAGUUUGCUCCUGGCAUCUGCUGGAUGGCAACCUGCCACCUCUAUGCUGAGUGUUUUCAAGGAGGUGCAACAGUCCCUGUUGGCGUCAGAGAUUGAGGCAAACACCAUGGUGCACAUCAAGAAGGAGUACCCCAAAGCCUCCGUACAACUUGAACGCCUCAACACGGAGCUCUUCCACACGGUGAACGGUUUCUGCAAGGACGGCAUGACGGCGCUGUCGCCCGAGGCGGCGCAACCCUUCCUGGGCGACUUGAAAAGGU